AUGCAUGCACAGCGUUCAGGUGUGGUGCUCUCUCUAAAGGGCUCUUUUCAUCCCUCCAAACAGAAACUCGGCGAGGGCCUGGCGAAGCUGCGCACGGCGCGGGAGGCGCCCCCGGACUGCGUGUGCCCCCCAGGGCCCCCGGGGCGGCGAGGGAAGCCCGGCCGGCGCGGAGAACCCGGACCUGCAGGGCCUCUUGGCUUGGAUGGCAAACCAGGACCUCCAGGACCAAAAGGGGAAAAGGGGGAAGCAGGAGACAUUGGCCCAAGGAUGGUUUUUCCCCACCUCAGUCAUGGAUUUCUGGCUAAUGAUCAGCUUGUCUUUAGCCGGCGAGUGCUCAAGGGUGAUCAAGGUCGAGAUGGAGCCGUGGGCCCCCCUGGUCCUCCAGGACCCCCAGGUGCCCGGGGGCCUCCUGGUGACACGGGAAAGGAUGGCCCAAGAGGACCCCCGGGCUCCCCUGGUUUCAAAGGCGAGCCAGGGGAGGAUGGAGUCAUGGGUGCCAGAGGCCCUCCAGGACCAAAGGGUGAGCCUGGCAUCCAGGGGAAAAAGGGUGAUGAUGGGAUCCCUGGGGAACCAGGACUAGUGGGCCCUAAGGGAGAAAAAGGAAGUGUGGGUCCCAAGGGAGAGAAUGGCACAGAUGGCUUCCCAGGACUGAAGGGUGAACCUGGUGAGAAGGGAGGAAUUGGCUCCAUUGGACCCCGGGGUCCCCCUGGGCUGAAAGGGGAACAGGGAGACACCGUCGUGAUCGACUACGACGGCCGAAUCCUGGACGCGCUCAAGGGUCCACCAGGUCCCCCAGGGCCACCGGGCCCCCAAGGCACUCCAGGUCCCAAGGGAGAGCUGGGCUUGCCAGGUCCACCUGGGGCGGAUGGUGAAAAGGGUCCCAAAGGAGCAAAGGGUGACCAGGGCAGCAUGGGGGCCAUGGGGCAGAAAGGAGAGACAGGAGAAAUGGGCUCGGCAGGUCCCCCGGGAGCAGAAGGGCCAAAAGGAGACAAAGGAGAAAAAGGAGACACUGGGUCACCAUGUCUGCAGAAUAAUCAUAUCAUCCCUGAGCCUGGACCCCCUGGAUUACCAGGCCCUAUGGGUCCUCCAGGAAUCCAGGGGCCUAAAGGUCUGGAUGGUGCCAAGGGAGAGAAAGGUGACAGUGGGGAGAAGGGGGACCAAGGUGACACCGGACCUGCUGGUCUCCCUGGUGCUCCAGGGCUCAUUGGAUUACCUGGCACCAAAGGAGAAAAGGGAAAGCCAGGGGAGCCAGGAUUGGAUGGUUUCCCUGGUCUCAGAGGAGAGAAAGGAGAGAGAAGUGAAAGAGGCGAGAAGGGUGAACGAGGAAUACCAGGGAGGAAAGGGGCCAAAGGACAGAAGGGGGAACCAGGCCCCCCUGGACUGGACCAGCCUUGUCCUGUGGGAGAUCAUAGCAUUGCAGGCAGCAAAAGGGACCCAGGUUUGGCAGGCCUGGAUGGGCUGAGCCUGCCCUGCCCUUUGGGACCAGACGGACUGCCAGUAGCAGGAUGUUGGCAUAAGGUACAGUAACAUUAAUAAUUUUGUUUAUUCUUGAACAGGUCCUGAGUGAUUUUCCUCCCUGCAUGGUGAUUGUUUGCUCUGCUGCACAUGCUUCAAGCAGCAGCUCACAGGCCUGGCAGACAUGGCAUUAUUCCUUGGGAGAGCAGAAUUCCAGCAGCUUCAGGGCUUGCUCCCCCCAGCUCUAGACUGGGGCUGGGAACACCAAAAACUUGCUAAGCAUGGCAAAUCAUUAACACUGUCAGGAGAAUGCCUUUUUACAGGCCUGUUUGGGCUUUUAUCAAGGCCAAGGGAGCUGAGGAACCACCCAGGAAAGGCUGCACCAGGUGCUCCUGUGCCUUUCUCAGUCCUUACCCUCCCAGCUGAGAAGCUAACAAUGGGCUCUCUCUUUAUGGCAGAGUUCCAAAUAGUUAUUUACAACAAAGAUUCUUCUGCCAUUGUAAUUAUAACUCACAAGCACUGCCUCAGUGCUCUCAUCAGCACCCUGGGUGCAGUGCUCAGGGAAUUUGUAGCAUCUUGUGCACCCAGAGCAGCCAGGGGCUGGAAGUGCUACUGGCAGCCUGGGAGCGUGAGGAGAGAUGUGUUCUCCUGUAAAAUGAGGAUUUGAUCCAGACUUGUAAGAGAAUCCUCAUUCUCCAACACGAGUAUGACACUGAAGCUGAGUGGAAUUACAAACCCAGCUGUAAACAUGUGGUGUGUGGACACAGCUGGAGUUAACAGCAUGCCACUAACUGAUUGCAAACCCUCAGUCAGAAUGUCAGCACACCCUUGGUAUAUCAAAGGUUUUAACUAUUUGUGAUUUGUUUGGAUGUACCAUUACUAACAAAGAAAUCUGAAUGUCAAUCCUUAUAGUAACAGUAAAGUUAGUAAGUGUAAUGAAUGGAGCAUUUCUCUGAUUAAAAUGUUUGUUUGUGUGUUCUUUUUCAGUGAUCUCUAAGCAUGAAGCACAAUAUGUAAAUAAUGUGAUAUAUUUUGAUCUUUUUAAUUUUUGUAUAAAAAAAGGAAAAAAAAAACUUUUGACAGUAAUAUAUUGACCUUUUUUUAUACUGGAUUCUGACAUUUAUGGACUUGGAAAAUAAUGUAAAGCUCCCAAACCCAUAGCACUGCAUGGUAACACCAGGAUUUGCUAAAGGUACAGAUGGCAGUAGCUGAGGAUGAACAGUGUUCCCUGCUCAUGCUGCAGUGUGAACUAACAGUACUGAGCCAGCCUUGUGUGCCUUACUGCAUGAAGGAGGGCAAAAAUCCUCAUUUGGCUCUCAACUUCAUAUUUGCAUUGUACAUGCACAUUAAAAGGGUGAAAAAACCUGGCUGAAAACUAAGAAAAGAAGGAUGCAGCCUUAAAAAUGGAAGAAGCUGCUGUCUGCUGUCUGGUCAAGCAGGAGAAGGAUUUGCAACCUGCAGAGGAAACAAAGCCAAGCUCCAUCCAUCACUACCUGCUGUGGGUGUGAUGGAAACAGCAAUUCUGGGGCUAAACUGAACAACCUUGACUGCCUGUGGUUAAUUCCUCUACAAUCAAGAGAAACCUUUUUCCUCAAGAGGAAGCACCUCUGGGUCCUGCUCUGGGGUCUGAGCCUGAAGAUGUGCCAGCACUUUGUUACUGUGGAACACAAAUUCCCCAGGAAGCCUCUGCUGCAGAAUUUCAAACCAGAAAAACCUGGCAAUGCUUCCAGUGCAGUGCAGGGAGCUGCAGGACAGGGAAGGCUCUGCUCAAGUCCCUUCUUAAACAACAGAGCACAUAAUGUUGCUCUUGGGGCUACCAGAAAUUGGGAGUUUGGAGUAUUUAAUUGAUUUGGUUUGUAGAGUUCAUUUGCUUUUUAUUUCUUCUUGGUUUACAUGGUUUUAACUGUAAACUAACUCUGCACUCUCCUCUUGUUGUCUUAUUUUUCUUCACCUUUUUAGUCUCUUUUGUUACAUUAUCUCUUCUCAGGCACAUCCCAUGCAGAGCAGGGCAGUGGAUAAAAAUCAUUAUUAUUUUGAUAUCUGCAUAUGCUACUGUGGGAUCAAUUAAAACUACAAACUAUUCCACAGUUCAACAUUUUUAAGAUUGUUGAAAAAACAGCAAUUGUGCAGCAGAGAGCCAUAAAAAAAUAUUUCAAAGAGGAAUACGAUGGCUUACAGCCGAGUCUGUUCAGCUUACAAUGAAGAUCAAGAAGCAAGCAGAUUCCUUUACAGGGAGGAGAUACUUUGUAUUAACAAGUUUUUAAACUGCACAGAGAAAGAUAUACAAAUACUCAUCCAAUGGGUAGAAGUUGAAGCAACAUAAACUGAAAACAGUAAGCUGUGGAUUUUUAUUGGUAAAAUUGGUCAAUUCUAACCAGAUCAGUGAUAUAAUUGCUAUCACCCUUAUGCCCUUUUGAUUUAACAGAUCAUGGCUGGAGGGAAUACUUUUCUCAAUACAAGUUGCUGGGUUCUGAGUGGGAGUUUUAGGUGAAAUUGGGAGCUGACUGUAAUAUCAAACAUGGUAUUAUGGCUCUUGUGGCCUUGAUCUUAGAGAAUACAGAAGGGAGGCAGUUUUGGUGCACUGAGUAGACCCAAAACCUCUGUUAAGAUUGUUGCUGCAUUGCCACUCUCACUGCAGCUACUGCCAGAGAGGGAUGGGACUGUCCAGGUGCUCCCUGCCCUGUCCAGGCUGACCUAGUGCUGGAGGUGCUGCUCUGCUAUUGUGAACAACAUGGGGAUGUGCUUUGUGCUGCACACAGGGAGGGUGAUGGUGUCUGAGCUCUCUGCUGCCUCUGGGUGUCCUUGAGCUUAUCCCAGGGUCAGGCCCUGCUCUGUGCUGGUCAGUGCUGGAAUGGCCCCCAGGCUCAGCAGAGGUGACACAGCCUCAGGGCUGUGGGCAGUGCAUUGUGGCUGCUCAGGGGCUCACCUACACAUCACUGGCUUUGUGGCUGUACUUGGCAUCUCUAGCAGUUACUCACCAUUUCCUUGGUCACCAUACAGAUUAAAUCCAUGUUAAAUUCAGAUCAACUAACAAAUCAAGAAACAACAAUUAUAUAACUCAAAACAGCAAUGAAAAUGCAUUUUAUUUACUUCCAUUUCAUGUUCUCGGCUAUCACUUUUGGUGUAGGGGUUUUUAAAGGCAUAAGGAGCAGCUAACAAGCUUCCACUGGCCUUUAGUGCUUUUGAAAAACCCCUUUAAUAUCCCAAAUUAAAGCUAAAAAAUUUUCUGUGAAAGGUUGAAGGCAAAUCUCUCAUUGAUGUCACCAGGAAGAUCUGUAAUUGUUCCCUUAAUGUACAGUUGCUCUUCCCAUCUCCCCCAGUCAUCUCCAAACCAAAAGCAGUUCACUAUUCCAAACCACACCGUGGGCUUCUACACUCAAAUUCCUGCACAUGUCGUGUUCAUGGAACUUCUUUCAAUAUCAAUGAGAGUUCAGUCCCCAGAAUGACUGCAGAAAGCACAAGAAUCUGGAAGUGUCCACAAACAAUCUACAAUGCAGAUAGAAAAGUCUUGUUUUACAUACGCUGGCAAAAACUAAACAGCUUUCUAUCUAGCUCCUACUUGAAGAAGUUUGAUAUCACUGAAGCUACAAGACAAGCUAACCUCCAAAGCUUAUGAAAUUAUAUUAAAAUUUAUAUUUUCUCUGAGGAAAUACCCCGAAGUCCUAUUAUCUUCAGGUAAACAAGUCAGUAUUCCGUCUUCACCUUG